GGAGUCGGAAUUCUUUAUUUUUUACGUUUAUAUUUUACGUUGAGAAAAAUUAUUCAGUUUUACCGCCUACUUUUUCGUUGCCAAAAAUUCACCACAUCGCGCGCUUUCUCCCUCUGCCAUUUUUCGCCGGAAGACGAGGAGAUGGCGGCGGACGAGGCCGACGGCGACCGCUUCAUCGAGAUUGUGUCCACCGGGGCGCUUUACCGCGGCGGCCAGGCCCAAUGGGAGCGCAAGUACUGGAGCUGCUCCAGGGGCAAACACAGGUACCCGUACCCAGUGGGCUAUCAUGCUGUCCGCCGUUACUCCGGGAUAUCGUACACAAUGGAGAUCCAACAAGGACCAAGAGGGCCUGUGUUCCAGGUUACAUCCACCCUAGGAGAUUCAGCGACAGGGCCGACCCCGGAUAUAGCUUGGAAGAACUUCCACAAGAAGAUGGGGUCUAAAGUCAGGAACUGGCAGAGGACCAGGAGCUUCCCUCAGAAGAUUGAUGGUGUCGAGCUCUUUGGGUUCAAAAACGCAUCUGUUCAGAGACUGCUUCGUCAGCUUAUAGUACAUUCGAGUGGAUUUGGAACAAAAAUGCCUUGUCCAAACAAUUCUGGUGCUGCUUCACCGUUAACCCAUACAGUUGCAGUUGAUGUUUCGGAUGAUUACGAAGAGCAGCUUGUUUCCCUGGACAAGACAGUUGGAACUGCUAAAAGAAGCAUAAACCCAAUCCAUGAGGAAAGUGUUGCUAAGAGAAUCCACAGCCAGGAUAUUUUGAGUUCAGUUAAUAAUUGCAAUGAUGAGUUGGAUAAAUCUCGUGAAAGUUCAGACAAGGGAGGUCCUGGAAGUAACACACAGUUGCGGGAUGUCUCUGGUUCAAGAUGCAUGCCUCCAUUGCUGGAAGAAAUACCUCGUGAUUCAAAAUGCACACGGGUUGAUGAUACCUUGGGAGAGUAUGUCCCAAGUUCAUCUCAAGAAGAUGGAUUAUUUUCCGGUUCUUAUUCAAGCUCUGAGAAGGCUGAUCUGGAAUCAGCUGAAAAUGAAGUAGCUAAGUCUAUGAUGACUUCUUUGCCUCCCCAAACUAUCCCGCUUCUGAAGAAAACUCAGGUUGAUGAUACCUUGAGAGAGUAUGUCCCAAGUUCAUCUCAAGAAGAUGGAUUAUUUUCCAGUUCUUAUUCAAGCUCUGAAAAGGCUGAUCUGGAGUCAGCUGAAAACGAAGUAGCUCAGUCUAUGAUGACUUCUUUGCUUCCCCAAACUAUCCCGCUUCUGAAGAGAACUCGGGUUGAUGAUACCUUGGGAGAGUAUGUCCUAAGUUCAUCUCAAGAAGAUGGAUUAUUUUCCAGUUCUUAUUUAAGCUCUGAAAAGGCUGAUCUGGAGUCAGCUAAAAAAGAAGUAUCUAAGUCUAUGAUGACUUCUUUGCUUCCCCAAACUAUCCCGCUUCUGAAGAGAACUCGGGUUGAUGAUACCUUGGGAGAGUAUGUCCUAAGUUCAUCUCAAGAAGAUGGAUUAUUUUCCAGUUCUUAUUUAAGCUCUGAAAAGGCUGAUCUGGAAUCAGCUGAAAACGAAGUAGCCAAGUCUAUGAUGACUUCUUUGCUUCCCCAAACUAUCCCGCUUCUGAAGAAAACUUGCAUAAAAAAGAAGGUUAAGCAAAAAGGGAACGCCAGAUAUAGGGCUUUAAUAAGAACUGCUUCAGCUCAAAAUCCCUCUGCUGAUGAUUGCCAAGGUGUAUCUUUGCCUGCUAGUAUUCGUGAAGGGAAUAUGAAUAGUUCCCAAACACAUAUCCAUGGGAGACUGCUGCAUGAAACAAUUAAAGACAGCGGCACCAAUAAAGAUUGCAUGAAUGAUGAACAAGUCAUUAAAUCAGACAUGGAAGCUUUUGUUGCAGAUAGUUUCGAGGAUGAUGCACAUAUUUGGUGUGACAACACAUCCAAAGCUAUGGGUGCUCAACAUCAUGAGUCUGACGAUGCAUGCUCUAGGGAACCUAAUGAGAACUCAAUUAAAGACAGCGGCACCAAUAAUGAUUGCAUGAAUGAUGAAAAAGUCAUUGAAUCAGACAUGGAAGCUUUUGUUGCAGAUAGUUUUGAGGAUGAUGCACAGAUUUGGGGUGACAGCACAUCCAAAGCUAUGGGUGCUCAACAUCAUGAGUCUGACGAUGGAUGCUCUAGGGAACCUAAUGAGAACUCAAUUAAAGAAAGUGGCACCAAUAAUGAUUGCAUGAAUGAUGAACAAGUCAUUAAAUCAGACAUGGAAGCUUUUGUUGCAGAUAGUUUCGAGGAUGAUGCACAGGUUUGGGGUGACAACACAUCCAAAACUAUGGGUGCUCACCAUCAUGAGUCUGAUGAUGCAUGCUCUAGGGAACCUAAUGAGAACUCAAAAUUGCUACUGAGCAAAAGGGAAACUAAUGCUGAAUUGUCUGAGUGUCAGGUUCAGGCACAUGAUAGCGCUGAUGACACCCCUGAUAUGAUAUAUGAUCAUGACAAAGGUCAGUAUAUUUUGUCUGAUGCGUACCUUGCUUUUCUAGAGGAGGAGUUUGGUUUGAAUGAUAGUUCCCAUCCUGCACACUUCAAUCAUGUUGACAACGAUGCUGAACCAAAUCAACCGAAGGACCCAAAAGAAGGCAUCGCCAAUGGCUCAUUGUUAUCCGUGGAUGGGUCAGAUCACAUGAACAUGUGCAACAAACACAACGUUUUUCACAACCAGGUUGAUCACACCCUUUGUAACAUUAAUCAUGUAAAUGGGCUGCCAUCCAAACACCCAAAAACGUCAAUAAGAGGCUCAGCUCAUCAUCUGGAGCUUACGGCUUCCUACCUGCACCCGAUGCCUGUCUUGUCUAUUAUGCUAAAUACCAAAAGCAUUAACAGCUUACACAUUUAUGUACUUUGUGGUUUCUUGGCGAGCUGCCAGAGAUUCCUCUAUGUGUAUAACAUCACGCUUAAAGAUUACCCAGAUGAACCACCUUAUUUCGUUGGCUACACUUCCCUUCUACUGCCCUCGUUGGAACAGGCUUCUACAGGAAAUUUUACAUUUGGAAGAUCCGGAAUGCAGUUUACACCUGAUGGCCAGUUUCUGAUCCUCCUUAGCAGUAUAAGACUACCUUGUUGUAGGAUGCAGAACAUCGAUUGUUCAUGCUCAUUGUGCAAAUUUGAUCAGCACGACGACAAUUCUCUGAAAAUUGUAUCUGUUAACUGCGGGUACAGUUCACUAUUGACCAAAUUGAUGCCCUAUGGGACAGUGUCUUCCUUUUUGAUAUGUGAACCAAAUUAUGUCGUAGCUGCUGAAGACAGCAGAAAAUUGCAUAUAUGGAAAAUGGUCGCUGGAUGGAGUGUGGUCUCUGAGGAGUAUGUCAUUUCUAGUUUGGGUAAUGUGGGUCCUUCAAUACUGGAGCUCAAAAGAAUGCCAAAAAGUAGCUCUCUCAUUAUUGGUCAUGAUUGCGCAGGCGGCUUUUGUUUGUGGGACAUCUCCAAGCGAGCACUCCUGUCAACUUUUGCUGCUCCAGGGAACAUUGUCUUCCAGAUUCUGCCUUUAGGCAUCUGUAGUGUACAUGAGGAUAUUUUUCAUGCUUCAGUUGAUGACAUAGAGAGAAGGUUACAAGAGAUCACAGUGACUGGCGUGUCCAGAAAAGAUGACAAGGAGUCCACUUUGAUGUUAUCAGGAAAAGACAUAGCAGUUUGGAUUAUGGUGUCCGCUGCUUCAGUAGCUGAGUAUCAGCAUGACCUUCGAGCAAAAGAACACAAUGCUCGAUGGAGGCUAGCUUUGCUGGCAAACAAGAAAGUUAUUAUGGGAAACAUUUUUGAUCCAAGGGCUACUUCUAUAGAUGUCUCUGGUAACUAUGGAUUCGCUGGAACAUAUGGAGGUUGCUUGUACAUGUGGGAGUUGUCUUCUGGGAGAAAACUUGCCGGCACAGAGUGCUUCAACGGUCAACGAGUCUCCUGUGUUGCUGUUGAUGCCAAAUCAAGAGUAGUGGCAGUAGCUGACGAUGACUGCAAUGUAUUGCUUUACACUGAAAACAUGGUGUAAAGCAGUUGUGGCAAAUCUGCGGGAUGUUCCUAAUUGUGUAAUCUUAUAGCAUUUGCAGCUUACAGUUGUUACUCCAAUCAUCUGCUGUACAUAGCUGAUCAGACCAUCAUUGGAAAUUCUUUUCACCCCUUUUCUUGGAACAAGUCUAUGCCAGAGAGACGGUAUGAAUCAGCUGCAGUCUCCAGCUUUUUUUUAUAGCUUGUACCUAGCACAAAUCAGGUUUGAGGCUGGAAAAAGGCUGAGUUUGUAUUUUGGUAAGAAUUGGUGUCUUUUGGACCAGCAAGGCUGUAGAGACAUUUAUUUCCAAAAGAUAUGCAAUGUUGGUUGUUCUCCUUUUCUGACA